GGGGCGCGCUCGUGAGGACCAAUCCGCUGACCCUGCGGUCCACUGUUCCUGCGGGCCUGGGCCAGGGUACGGGUCCCGCGGAGGCACUGGCUGAGAGCUGCUUUUAGGAGGAAGAUGGAAAGUGGCACAGUGUUGCUGGAAUCCAAAUCUUCACCACUGAACCUUUUGCAUGAGAUGCAUGAGCUCCGCCUUCUGGGCCACCUGUGUGAUGUCACUGUUAGUGUAGAGAAUCAGGGUGUCCGUGAAGACUUCAUGGCCCAUAAAGCAGUGCUGGCAGCCACCAGCAAGUUUUUUAAGGAGGUGUUCCUGAACGAGAAGAGUACAGACGGUACCAGGACUAAUGUUUACUUGAAUGAAGUUCAGGUUGUUGACUUUGCUUCAUUUCUGGAGUUUGUCUAUACCGCCAGAGUGCGGGUAGAAGAAGACCGUGUGCAGCAGAUGCUAGAAGUGGCUGAGAAGCUAAAGUGUUUGGACCUUUCUGAAACAUGCUUGCAGCUAAAGAAGCAGAUGCUGGAGUCUGUCCUUUUGGAAUUGCAGAAUUUCUCUGAGUCUCAGGAGGUGGAGGCCAGCGGUGGCCCCCAGGUGAGUGUGACCCCCAGCUCCAAAGCAAGUGUACCAGGAGAGGAUGCUCACUCCAAUGGCCUUGUAGAUUCCUCCGACUACCCAAUAGAGAGAUUGGGCAAUGGCCUCUCACCAGAAACGCCAUCCAAGAAGUGCAAGGAAAAACUGGACAAGAAGAAAGAUGUGGCUAAGCCUCCCUUCCCUAAAAUCAGAAGAGCGAGUGGGAGACUGGCUGGAAAAAAGGUGUUUGUGGAAAUCCCUAAAAAGAAAUAUACAAGAAGGCUCCGAGAACAGCAGAAAAGUGCUGAGGAAGCUGCAGAGAAUGACAAGUGUCCUCAGGACCAAAGCCCAGAGAAUGAGAGGAUGGAGACCGAGCCAGCUUCCAAAAGCGAGCCUUGCCCUGCUACUGUGGAACUGGAGGAAAGCUCGCAGAAAGUGGAGGGGGAGAAAGAAGAGGAAGGAGGGAAAGAUGGGGAGGAGAAGAAGAAGAGUAACUUCCAGUGCACUGUCUGUGACAAGGCCUUCCUGUACGAGAAGAGUUUUCUGAAACAUAUCAGGUACCACCAUGGUGUGGCCACCGAAGUGGUGUACCGAUGUGACACCUGUGGCCAGACCUUUGCCAACCGCUGCAACCUGAAGAGCCACCAGCGCCACGUACACAGCAGCGAGCGCCACUUCCCGUGCGAAAUGUGUGCAAAGAAGUUCAAGCGCAAGAAGGAUGUGAAACGGCAUGUGCUGCAGGUGCAUGAGGGCGGCGGUGAGCGCCACCGCUGUGGCCAGUGUGGCAAAGGCCUGAGCUCCAAGACUGCUCUGCGGCUCCAUGAGCGCACACACACGGGCGACAAGCCCUACGGCUGUACCAAGUGUGAUGCCAAGUUCUCACAGCCCUCAGCGCUUAAGACCCACCUGAGAGUUCAUACAGGGGAAAGACCUUUUGUCUGUGAUGAAUGUGGUGCAAGAUUCACUCAGAACCACAUGCUGAUUUAUCAUAAAAGGUGCCACACAGGUGAAAGACCUUUUAUGUGUGAGACAUGUGGCAAGAGUUUUGCUUCUAAGGAGUACUUAAAACAUCAUAAUAGAAUCCACACUGGAUCCAAACCCUUUAAAUGUGAAGUGUGUUUGCGGACCUUUGCCCAGCGGAAUUCCCUUUACCAACAUAUUAAAGUCCACACAGGAGAGCGGCCAUAUUGUUGUGACCAGUGUGGGAAGCAGUUCACCCAGGUGAAUGCCCUCCAGCGCCAUCAUCGCAUCCACACAGGAGAGAAGCCGUACAUGUGCAAUGCGUGUGGACGGACUUUUACUGACAAGUCUACCCUCCGGAGGCACACCUCAAUACAUGAUAAGAAUACACCGUGGAAGUCUUUCCUUGUCAUAGUAGAUGGCUCGCCCAAGAAUGAUGAAGGGCAUAAAACAGAACAUCCUGAUGAUGAAUAUGCAUCACCCAAACUUUCAGAUAGAUUACUAUCUUUUGGUGAAAAUAGCCAUUUUAACAACUUAUUGGAAGUCCAAGGCAGUGUGCCUGCUGUGCAGGAGAACAGUUCUACGGACACUGUUUGCAAAGCAGUGGUGUCUCAGGAUACUCUGCUUACCACUUCCAUCAGUGCACUUGGUGAGCUGACUCCACAGACAGUCUCCAUGCCUGCACACCUCCCCUCAUUGACCAAUAUGGAGUGAGAACUUGAAGUUGUGUGCCAACCAGUCUGUGUAAUUACUGUAUUCCAGGUGAUGCCAGGGGCUGAGGAAAAAGUCUGUGCAAAGAUGUAGGCAAGACUGGCCUUGCAGAUUUCCCAAACUCCCAUGACCUUGCACGUCUGUAUCACACUUGAAGCUUUCCCGUUAAUAUUCUGAUCUGCAUGAUCUCAGUUACAUUUCAUCAGCAAACACGGCAGUUAGCAUAGCUUACUUAACCCUGGUGUAGCUGUACUUGUCAAUCACACUAAUGCUUGAUUCUCUUGAUGUCUAAACCACUGCUUGUCUUAAUCACAGAGUACACAGCAUUGACCCAACUUGGGAAAGUGCUGUUCGUGGUCUCCUGGUCUCACCCUGCCUUAUACCUCCAUGUGUGUUUACUUCACUCUGAUCCCUUUAGGGCAUUUUUCUACAAAGUUAAAGUAGAACUGGGGCCAUUUAUUUUCAGCUGUUUCUUCCUGAGAUAAAAGGAAAUAAGAUUUAUUCUGGGGACCCUAGAAUGGGAUUGAAGAAGUAGAUAAUUCCAUUUGUUUCUCUCCAACCCCCUUUUUGUAGGCACAAAAAGAUGAUUGGCAGGUGGAACAUGUUCAGUGUAGUACCUUAGCAUGUGUGCAGGUAAGGAGUCUGUUGUAACGUUCAACCUGGAUGAGCUGUUCAGUUUCAUUCCCUAAAUCAGAUUAAGUCAAAGCUGUCCUACCAAAGAAUCCAGCAGACAGUUGUCUCUCUUCAGAAGUGUGAGAAAUGCAGCCUAGGUGUCAGAGCAUUUAGCUAGGCACAUUUUACAAAUAGCAUGGUGAGUGAGCCUGGCAAAUCUUUAGAGUCCUUUUGCAGGCUUUUUUAUAAUGUCCAGAGUCCCCAAAACACCCAUUUUCACAGUGGAAAAUGACACAAACUAGUAACUGCUACAAACCCACCGCUCUAGGAGCAUGCAAGAAUCUAGAGCAGUGGUUCUCAGUGACCCUUUCACAGGGGUUGCCCUAAACCAUCAGACAGCCCAAGAUAUUUAAUUAUGAUUCAUUACAGUCGCAAAAUUAGUUAUGAAGUAGCAAUGGAAAUAACUGUAUGGUUGGGAGUCAUUACAACAUGAGGAACUAUAUUAAAGGGUCACAGCGUUAGGAAAAGUUGAGACCCCCUGAUGUAGAGGGGACCAGAAACCUUGGCAUGCUCAACUUCUAUGCCUAAUCAAGUGGAUCAUAGAAAACCAGGAAUGUUGUUUCAAAUGUUCCUUUGGCUUUCUCAUGCUGAAUUUAAUAAUUGUUUAACAAUUUCGUAUGAAAAAUGCAUUUUAUGGUACUUACUAUUUCUGAUGCAUGGUUGCUGGGCCUUGGAUAUGUAAACUCUGUGCGACCUGUGACCCUUAAGCAUUUAUUUUAUGAGCGCCUUAAAAGGGGGAAUUCUUAUGCCUUCUGGUUGCUUUUCCUCUGUUUUUAACUUACUAAAAACUUGCUUCGAGAACACUCUGGUUUCUAAGGGAAAGACACCUAAUGUAUGCAGGGUGAAGAUAGGUCACACUAUGAUAGAAACUGAGAGUUGUUACCCAGUGCUCACUUUGUGGUAACAUCCUAAGUAGCUGGUGAAGCCACCAAAAGGAGUUCCAGGUGCUGGUAAUAUUUCCCACUUGCUCUUGAAAGUUCAGGGCUGAAUUAUUUCACAUUCGGUUAUGACCUGGCAAUCUAGUUGUGUUUACAGACAAAAACAGAAGACUAGUGACUGGCACAUGACCAUUUUAUCUGCUAAGAACAAGCCUGCCCAGCUGAUAUACUGUGUUAUGGAAUAAAGUCAUCUUGAUGAGAAGGAAUUUACACAAUAGAUUAUUUUGUUACCUACUGGAAGAACUGUCUUGAAUUUGUUUCUUUAGAAGUUCUAAAUAAAAUUGUUUAAUGUGUUAA